AUGAACCCACUCCUCGUCAACGCAAACUAUGCUCCGACGACUCAACAGCAAAUCCUCCUCCAACAGCAGCAACUUCUCCUCCAAGAAAUCGCCAUCAAGCGAGCCCAGCUCCUCCAGCAGCACCAGCAGCAGUUAGCACAAGCUCAAGCUUACCAGCAAGCUCAAGUCGCCCAAGCCCAAACUUUCGCAACUCACAAGUCUGCCACUUUCCAGCCAACUUUCAUCACUUCCCGAAAAGCGAUUUCCAGCUCACCCGAGCUCCAAUCCUCUGGAACAUCAAGUCCGGUGACGCAUCACUUCAAAACCUUCGAUUCUAUCGAAGAUCAUGAAAUUCCGUCGCCUGAGCUUCAGCGAAAAAUAACGCAGCAGGUCGAGUAUUAUUUCUCAAAUGAGUAUUUGACUCGCGAUGCGUACUUCCUCCGCCAGAUCCGCCGCAAACGGGAGGGAUAUCUGUCGAUGAAAUUGAUUACCAACUUCAAGAAGGUCCGAAAGCUCAGCAAAGAUCCACGAAUCACGAGCUUUUGUCUUCGAAAAUCGAAACUUCUUCAGGUAAACGAAGAGGGCUCAAAGGUUCGCCGAAUCCAGCCAAUCCCCGAAGAUUUGCGACUUCACACGCUCACACGUUCCAUCCUCGUCUCGAAAAUCCCGAGUAAUCUGGCAACGAUCGAUUCUUUGAUGAAUGUCUUUUUCAAAUUCGGCGAAAUCUCGAGCGUCCGAAUUCUCCGCCCUGGAAAGGAAAUUCCUCACGAUCUGCGCGAGUUCUUCGGAAAGUCGAUCGAGCACGUUUCUGGAAUCUCAGCUGUCGUCGAAUUCGAGACACCUGAAGGCGCCGCGAUGGCCUACAAUCAAGUCAGCUUGGGCAGCGCGGAGAAUUUCAGAGAUUCUGAAAUCUUCAAGACGAUUAAUGUUGUGCUUCUUGGCGUGGAUGGCUUCUCGUCUGAAGAUGAUUCUGGUUGUGGAGAGAGUUCUGGGGCAUCGGGGGAUGAAUGCGUCAGUUCUUAUGUCAAAUCUGGCCCUUCCAACGUCCAAAUCCCCGACAUCUUCGACUGCGACCUGGACGACGACUACGAAGCGUACAUGAAUCAAAUCCGCCAAGAACGACAAUCCGAAGCCAAGACCGCCGUCCCAUCCGUCAUCGCUUCGCUGAUGGACGAAUACGGCGCCUGCUCGUUGGAGACGCAAUCGCGAAGCCGGACAAACUCGGUUUCUGCAUCGAGCAAGGCAAUUGGAAGUGGUAAUCGACGAGCAAACUCGUCCACCCUUUGGUCGAGCGGAACGACUUGGAAUUCGACGGAAGAGAAGCAGCUGAAAUCGGUGUUGAACAACUCGGCUCUCAGUGCUUUUGGACAAAUGAAGCUCGAAUCUGAUGAUGUCUUCGCCGAGAGCAACCUGAUCGCGCCGGCGCUCGAUUUUGACCGCAACUUGCGACCGGCCAAUCUUCCCAAUUUCAACCAGAAUGGCGCCAAAUGCUGGGCUGAUGCUGUUAGAAAGUGA